ACCACGGCCGGCGCGGCGCCCCAGCCCCCUCCCCUCGGAUGUGACUGGAGCUGGAAGCCCGCGGGCCGUAGACGCUGCUGCUGCUGCAGGAUCGCGACCCGGAGCAUCUGAGGUGGUGAAGUCGUAAUAGCUCUUCAAGUCUACAAUUAAAAAUGGCCUCUAACAAAACUACAUUGCAAAAAAUGGGAAAGAAACAAAAUGGAAAGAGUAAAAAAGUUGAAGAAGCAGAGCCUGAAGAAUUUGUUGUGGAAAAAGUACUGGACCGACGUGUAGUGAAUGGGAAAGUAGAAUAUUUCCUGAAGUGGAAAGGAUUUACAGAUGCUGAUAAUACUUGGGAACCUGAAGAAAAUUUAGAUUGUCCAGAAUUAAUUGAAGCAUUUCUUAACUCUCAAAAAGCUGGUAAAGAAAAGGAUGGUACCAAAAGAAAAUCUUUAUCAGACAGUGAAUCUGAUGAUAGCAAAUCAAAGAAGAAAAGAGAUACUGCUGACAAACCAAGAGGUUUUGCCAGGGGUCUAGAUCCAGAACGAAUAAUUGGUGCCACAGACAGCAGUGGAGAAUUGAUGUUUCUCAUGAAAUGGAAAGAUUCGGAUGAAGCUGACUUGGUGCUGGCAAAAGAGGCGAAUAUGAAAUGUCCUCAGAUUGUAAUUGCAUUUUAUGAAGAGAGACUAACUUGGCAUUCUUGUCCAGAAGAUGAAGCUCAAUAAUUGUUUGCAUUGUUUUUUAUAUAUAUUUAUACAUAUAUAUAAAAUCUGAGUCUUGGUUUUUGAAUUAAUGGUGUGAAACAAUAACUACAUUCUAAAAAUCAAGUUUGAUAAUGGUUUUGAAAGUAGUAUUGGGGGAGUUGUUGAGUUUUUUGGGUUUUUUCCUCAAUAGCACUGGUUACUUUGAACAAAUAUAAUAAAGGCUUUCUGUAGUUGCUUCUUUUAUCAGAAAAGAAUAUUUAAUUCCAUGGUAUAUUUCCUCUGCAUUCAGGAACAGGUUGUGUUUUUUUUUAAUAUUAGGCAAUUUUUUUUUUGGUCAUUAAUCAAAACAGCUUGUCUUUAACUGCUAUGUUGAAGGACCAUCCUGUAUUUUUUUUGUGUGUGUUUGUGUGCGUGUAAACAAAAUACAUAGGUAGUUUUUUGUUUUGGAGAUUUUGCUUGUUUAGAGGUGUUGGGCAUCAGACCCAGAGCCUUGCAUAUGUAGGCAAAUGAUGUAUCACUGAGUUAUAUUCCUGGCCCUUGUUUUAGUUUUUUUUGUUGUUUUUUGAGACAGGGUCACUAGGCAGCUCAGGCUGGCCUUGAACUUACUAGGUAGCCAGGCUAGCCUCAAACUUUAGGUCCUCCUGCCUCUGCCAUAGAUAUACAAAUGCAGUAGGUUUGCAAAACUUAUUGAAAGGAAAAAAUUUAUCACUACCAACAACUUUCCUUAUCCAGAUGAAAAAACUAAGACGUUUUUAUUUCCUUUCAUUAAAAGUUUCUGUAGUGAGCAUUCCUUAACAGAAUAUUGGAAUCUGUAUACUAAAAGUUCAUGGGUCAUGAUCUAAGUCUCAGCUCAUGAAAAUGUAAAAUCAACUGGUUAGGGAUUUCAACUAUUUAGGACCUGCUGGCCUAAAUGAUCAAAAUUUUAUAAUUAUUGACCUGCAUGCUUUUUCUUUACCCCAACUCAUUCCUUACAUGUAAGUUCAAUUUUUUUCAGUAUUGGGUUACUGGUUCCACAAAAGCCAGAGAAACAACUUUGUAGUAAUCAGAAUGUUACCCAACUGUAUAUUGUUUACUUUAUUGUAAAUAAUGGUGAACAGUGGUCAAUAAAUAGUUUUAUAUUCCUUUA